AUGGCUGGCAGAGAAGAUGUCGAGCAUACCCGGCACUACGAAGCUCCAUACAGCGAACGACACCCGAUCCCGACCAUCAGCAAGUACAAGGAGGAGAGGGAGGAGAGACAGCAGAAUGCGUUAGAGGGUGAUGCAGAUGGCAUCGAUCAACAGCCACCUCAGAGUCAACCCGGGGACGAUCGAAGCCAGUAUGAGGAAGGCGAAGCGGAAGCUUCUCAGUCAGAAAGCGACGACCCUAUCCAUGACACCUCGGAAGUCGACCCCGAAGCACUCAAUCCACAGAAACUGAAGAAGAAGAAAUCCCAGAAAGAGAGGGCUGAGCGUGAGGUGACUGAUCCGGUAACUCAUCUGCCGAUCAAGAUUCACGACUUCACAGACAGCGCCCUCAAAGAAUUAGACGUCAACGAGGAUCCCUUUGAACAGUCAAAGAAGACCUCGGGAUUCGAAGAAAAAGACAAGUCCGAGGGUGAACUCCGCAAAGAACAAGGCCAUUCACAAGAGAAGCAUCAUGCGUUGAUGAAUCAGUUCCCGCCGCCCGAUCUCGAUUUCUUGCGCCAGGAGGUCUGUCGCGCAAGCAACCGCGGGUUUGUCAUUUCGCUGGCUGGCGCCUGCGGCAUCUUUGUGGUGAUCUGCAUGAUUCGCGAGGUAAUGCUUAUAGAUGCCCAUCAAGAUCAAGGAUGGAAGACUGCCGCUCAGAGGACCCUGCCAUGGCUUGCUCUGGUCGCUGUGGGCGCAGGCGCAUUCUGUGCCUUGAUCCUCGGCGUAAGAGACUGGACAGCGAAGAAAGUCGACGACGCCAUUCAGGACGAGAUCUGGCGCUCGCAACGUCGGCAGAUGGAGAAGCAGGCCAAAAAACACGAGAGAGAGACGACCUUGUGGCUCAAUUCCCUGCUCAGCUCUGUGUGGCCGCUCAUCAAUCCCGACCUUUUCGCCAGUCUGGCAGAUAUGCUGGAGGAUGUCAUGCAGGCUUCCUUACCCAAAAUGGUACGCAUGGUCAGCGUUGAGGAUAUCGGACAGGGCAGCGAGUCGAUGCGCAUCCUCGGAAUUCGAUGGCUGCCCACCGGAGCGGCUGCACAGGCCGUCGGCGAGGACGGGAAGGUCAUGUCCGACAAAGACCAAAAGGAACGCAGCAAUACAAGCCUUGGGGGUGAAGAUGCGGACAGUGAAAGCGACCAGUCAAUUUCGCGGGGUAUGGAGGCGGAGGAAGGUGACUUCAUCAACCUGGAGGUUGCUUUUGCCUACAGGACGCGAUCGACCAGCAAGUCCUUCAAGGAGCGAAGCAAAGACAUGCACCUAUACCUGGCCUUUUAUCUUCCCGGAAACAUCAAGGUUCCCGUCUGGGUCGAUUUGCAGGGCGCAGUUGGUACCGUGAGGUUGCGUCUUCAGUUGACCCCCGACCCUCCCUUUUUCGAUCUGUGCACCCUGACACUCCUCGGCCAGCCAAAAGUCGACUUGAGCUGUGUCCCUCUGAGCAAGCAUGGACUGAACAUCAUGGAUGUGCCGUUCAUUAGCAACUUCGUGCAGUCAGCCGUCGAUGCGGCAAUGGCGCAGUAUGUCGCACCCAAGAGCCUGACGCUGAAUCUCAAGGAAUUGCUCGCCGGCGAUGACUUCAAGAAGGACACAUACGCAAAGGGUGUCAUCAUGGUCCAUAUCAAGCGUGGGUACGAUUUCAAGAUGGGAGAUUCAGGCAUGCUCCUUCUCAAAGAUUCCGGAUCAGACCCUUACGUGUCUGUCGGAUGGGCGAAAUUCGGCAAGGUGCUUUGGAGCACUCGCAUCCUGAAGGCCGAGAUGGAGCCAUAUUGGGACGAGACGUGCUUCAUGUUGGUGACGCCCGAGGAGCUCAACAUUGACGAAAAACUGCGUAUCCAGCUUUGGGACUCUGACCGCUUCACGGCGGAUGACGACCUCGGGCGGAUUGAGGUGGAUCUCAAAGAGUUGAUGCAGAGGGAAGAGUCCAACGGGCGCAUGUGGCCGCGUACAGAUGGCUUCCGAGCUCUCAAAUCUGGCGAAGACAUGCCCGGCAAGCUCGAAUGGAGCGUUGGCUAUUUCUCCAAAGCAAGGAUCCAGCAAUGUCAAUUCGAGAAGCAGACUCAUGACCCGGGGAUUAGAUCAAUGGAGCAGCUCGAAGAAAAGGUCGGCAAGAGCUGCGACCGGAAGCUUCGAGAAGCCAUGCUGAAGGAAAAGUCGGCCGAUCACGACAAUGGAGAGCUUGAGCAGCUGAAGAUGCAGGAGAUGAAGUCCGAACAAGACGCCAUGAUCAUUUCGGCACCGCCACCAGACGGAUUCCCCAGCGGUAUCUUUAGCUUACAGAUUCACAACAUCACCGGGCUCGAAGUUCAGCAGUUGAGUAAGAACCAAAACGACAAGGAUGGAGAUGCGAGCGACGAGGAGACUGGAGAGGGCCUGCCGAGCGCCUACUGCACCGUAAUUAUCAAUCAUAAGAAGACGUACAGAACGCGAACCAAACCUCAGAACACAAAGCCCUUCUUCAAUGCAAACUGCGAGCGCUUCAUCCGAGACUGGAAGUCCUGCGAAGUCUACGUCGCCGUGAGGGAUGCCAGGCUGCACGAGGAUGACCCGUUGCUGGGCAUCGUCCACCUGCCCCUGCGCGAAGUGUUCAAGAAUCGUUCGCAGCGGAAUGGAUUCUGGCCCAUCUCUGGAGGCAUCGGUUAUGGAAAGAUUCGACUGUCCAUGGUUUGGCGCAGCGUCCAGCUUCAGGCCCCCACCAGCCUCCUUGGCUGGCAGUACGGCACGGUCAACGUGCAGCCCGUCGUGACGAGUCCAGACUGCCCAGAAGAUUUGCGACAUGCCAAACUCAAGCUGAAGACUGACAUUAGUUCCGCCAAAAUGUAUUCUCGCGGAUCCGGCGAGGCGACAUGGGCUUCGAGCAGAGAGCGGUCUCUCAAUCUUGCCGUGCAGACGAGAUAUGCCAGCUGCUUGUCCAUUGCUUUCAAAGAUAAGAAGGUCUUGGGCAAGGAGGUGGUUGCUUUUAGCGUCUUCUGGCUGAAAGACAUUCCGGACGGAGAAGAAACGACACUGGAGCUGCCAAUCUGGAAGGGCGACUACAACAGAGCUACAUCGUGCUGUUUGGACGAAUGUGGUGAAAGGAUUGGGACGUUGAAACUCAAAGUCACGUUUUGGCCAGGAAUGGGCGCCGCGCAUUCCCAAUGGGCCAACAGUAGUGAGCAACUCCGGGAGGUUGUUGAAGUCAUCGAUGCUGCCAGAGACGCUCUUGGAGACGAAGAGAUGGAAAAGGCCGCAGGAAUCGUAGACGAGGAAAUCUCGAGCGACAGCGAUAGCUCAGAUGAGCACGAGUAUGUCCCAGAUGGCAGCCCCGAGCACAAGCAGGGUCCCAUCGACCAAGUACGAGACUAUAAACGGAGAGACAAAGCCCUGCACAGACAGCACCGGGGGCUUAUGCAGUGGAAGAGCGACCAACAUUCCGGAGAUCGUUGUGACCCCCGAGCCAAGCAGAGUGGUUCAGGUUGA